AUGGGUGAUGAAGCCUGCCCUCAGGUGCCCUCUCCGGCUCUUAUCUACAGAAGCACAGCUGCACGGGGAGACCGUAGGGACACCUCCCUCCAAGGCAAACGACAGUGGCUGAGACCGCGUCUUCUGCUGAUGACAUCACAGAAUCUGUCGCACACAAGCACUUUGCCAAAAACCUGGCUCUCUGUGCCUAUUGUUAAACGCUUAAAAGCGCCCCCCCUUCUGAGUGGAAACGAAUCGGGAGCAGCCACAAUUAAAAGCCACAAGAGCAUCAUGAACCGGUCAGCGCGUCAGGAGAGCCGCGCUUGGAGCCCCUACAGGAGGCAGGAGCAGCGAGGUGGCAGGCCGCACACUUUGGAAGCUAUUGAGCACCGAGUGGGGUCCAGGACCGGGGACAGCUUCGCAGGAUCAAGCCCCUCGCACCACAAAAUAGCCCGCAGCAAGCGGCACCUUGAGGGGGUCCUAAGGAAAUAUACUAACCUGCUCCAGGGUUGGCAGAGCAGAUAUUUUGUACUAGACCCCGAGGUUGGUCAGCUCCAAUAUUAUCUAAAUGUACUUAGUAAAAGCCAACGACCUCCCCGAGGAUCUCUGCCUCUCCUUGGGGCGAUGGUGGUCUCCAGCGAUGAGUUCCCCUUCAUGUUUACUUUUCAGUCCACUACUGGGGAUUUCUACAAACUCAGAGCUCUGGAUGCCCAGGAGCAAGAUUUAUGGAUGACACAGCUUCAGCUGUGUUCCCGACGCCAAUCUGACAGCAAUGUCAAGACCAGCAACCCAGAUACACUAGAUCCAAACGACGAGACCACAGACACAGAGGACAAUGAGGAAGAGGACCUGGGAGUUCUGGAUGGAGAGCGAAGCAUCAUCAUUCACCUCCUGUCCCAGCUCAAACUUGGGAUGGACCUAACAAGGGUGGUGCUCCCUACUUUUAUCCUGGAGAAGCGCUCCCUACUAGAGAUGUACGCCAACUUCAUUGCUCACCCCGACAUGUUCCUCUCCAUUACCUCUGGGUGCACACCAGAAGAGCGUAUCAUUCGCUUUGUCGAGUACUACCUUACUGCCUUCAAUGAGGGCCGGAAGGGUGCUGUGGCCAAGAAGCCCUAUAACCCCAUCCUGGGUGAGAACUUCCACUGUUCCUGGUAUGUGCCCCGGGACUGUGUUCGACCUCUCAGGACUACUAACUGCACUGGUCCCAACUCAGCACCCACAGCCACUUCUAACAUUCCAGUGACCUCACAGAGGGGGAUGGAUGGCAGCAGCAGAAGAAACUCAGACUACUAUUGUGUUCGCUUUGUGGCAGAGCAGGUGUCCCACCACCCACCUGUAUCAGGCUUCUACUGCGAGUGCAAGGAGAAGAGAAUGUGUGUCAACACUCAUGUCUGGACCAAGAGCAAGUUCAUGGGCAUGUCUGUUGGAGUCUCCAUGGUCGGAGAAGGUGUGCUGUAUUUGUUGGAGCAUGAUGAGGAAUAUGUGUUCACACUGCCCUGUGCCUACGCCCGCUCCAUCCUGACUGUGCCAUGGGUGGAACUUGGGGGAAAGGUUACUAUCGACUGUGCCAAGAGUGGGUACUCUGCCACUGUCACUUUCCACACCAAACCCUUCUAUGGAGGAAAAGUACACAGAGUAACAGCAGAGGUGAAGCACAACCAGACAGGAAACAUUGUGUGUAAGGGCCAGGGAGAGUGGAACGGGAUGCUGGAGUUCACCUACAACAAUGGGGAAAACAAGGUGAUUGAUACCUCCAAGCUGCCAAUCAUCAAGAAGAAGAUCCGCCCUCUAGAGAAGCAGGGCCUGUAUGAGUCACGGCGUCUUUGGCAGCAUGUAACAGCAUCACUGAAGGCAGGAAAUAUGGAUGCAGCCACAGAACACAAACACUGCCUGGAGGAGAGGCAGCGCAGCGAAGGCAAACAGAGAGCUUCCACUAAAAUCCCCUGGAAAGCCAGAUAUUUUAUCAAAGAGGGUGAAGGCUGGGUAUACCACAAACCUCUGUGGAAAGCUGAUUGA